AUUUGUAUUGAAUAGGCAUAUUUAUUACGACAUGAGUACCUAUUUAGAUGUUAAUAUCAUUACAAAUUCUCGUUUUGAUACAAAAUGGCUGAAAACAGAUCUUCAAGAAGCUAUUAGAAGACCUCAAUUAGCACAUUCAUGGAAUGAGCUGGUUAAGGAUGGAGAACUUUUUGGAGAAUUUAGUCAGUCAUUAUUAAAUUCUGCUGGAGCUCUAGCUCAUAAAGGUGAGAAUGGUGUCUACUAUUGUGGAUUAAGAGUACUGAAUUGUACAUGUUGUGAUGGAGUCUGUGGCCCUCAGAGGGGAUGUAAUUGUAGUCCUUGCCAACAGCUAUCCACAGAUGCUCCACAGUUAAAAAACAAACCGAAACCUACUUCUUCUCAAAAAGUUUUGAAUUCUUGGACCUGGGCUGCAGAUCAAAAACAUGAAGAUUUGUUGGCUAGUUUGUCCUCACUUCAUUAUGAACAACGGGAACUCUGUAGAUUCAUUGCUGGAAGUGCCUUGUCAUCUUGCAGACUUCGACAAAGGCUAAUGAUAUCACAUAGAUACUUCGUAGCUCUUGGAAGACAAAGACCUUCAGAGCCAACUAAAUACUGUGAUAAAUCUCAGUCGCAUCAAGCUAAAAACUCAUUGUUCAUUACUGAAAAAAAUAUAAAACUGGUGGAAAAUGCUUCUGCAGGAUUGGCCAAAGUUGGCACCAGAGCUGCCCUAAAUUUUUCAUUUGCAUUUCUUAGACGUGCUUGGAGAUCAGGUGAAGAUUCUGAUCUUUGUACUGAAAUUCUAAAGGAAUCAUUAGAAGCCUUACAGUCCUUACCAGAAGCGAACUUGUUUGAUGAUGCUGGAGUUUCUUCUGUUUGGCUUGAAGUUGUUGACCGUUCUACAAAAUUUUUGCGCCAAGUUGUUUUUGGGGAUGAUAAUUAUUCAUCACCAUCGCAGGAUAUACCUCUACUUGAUCAACAUUAUGCUUUGUGUCUCCUUCUUGAAUUGGCUGUUCAAAGAGCAACAUUAAGUCAUUUAUUAGAAGCAGUUCUAUUGCUUCUUCGAUUAUGGAAUAAAAGAACUGACAACAGAGACAACAGACAUGAUUCUUCUGUUGAAAACCCUCCUCUUAUCCCAUUACUUAAACGACUGGCAAAUAUAGAAUCUUUUAAAGGAAAUAGAAAUAAUGAGACAUGGAGUGAAACAUCUUGUGUAAGUGCUACAGAAUGUUUUUUACGCUACCUCCAUAUGCCAUCAGAUGAUUCAGAACCCGUGGACCUUCAGUUAGCAGCUAUUGUUAUUAUGGCUCAUUUAGAUAGAUUAGCAACUCCAUAUCUCCCGCCUCCAACAUUUCUAGAGAGUACAAAACUUUUUCAAGAAGUUCGAACCUGGGGAUGGGUCCCAUGGAGCCAUGAGGCUUGUAAUCAACUAGGUGAAAUAGGAGUUACAAAAAUGUCUUGUUCUGAGAAAUCAGUCCUAAUUUUGACUGUCAAUCACCAGGUCUAUUUACUUUCUAUUAACAGUGAAGCUCUGUGCCCUGAACAAAUUGAAGCAUUGAGUGAUAAAAACGUCAUCGAUAUUUCAUGCAGAGCUGAUGGUAAACAUUUCUUAGCUCUUACUUCUGAAGGAGAAGUUUAUUCUUGGGGAAUGGGUGAUGGUGGAAGAUUAGGCCAUGGUGAUACCAAGUCCAGAAGUGAACCCCAUCUUAUUCAAGCUUUGGCUUCCCAUAGAGUUACAAGGAUUUCUUCUGGUAGUAGCUACAGUGCUGCUGUUACUGAACGUGGUGAACUUUACACAUGGGGACGUGGUAACUAUGGGAGAUUAGGCCAUGGUAGUAGUGAAGAUGUCAGUCUUCCUACAUUAGUUUCUGCUCUAAAAGGACUGCAUAUAGUUGAUGUUGCUUGUGGAAGUGGUGACGCCCAAACAUUAGCUGUGACUGACUUAGGUUCGGUCUAUUCAUGGGGUGAUGGAGAUUAUGGGAAGUUAGGUAGAGGUGGCAGUGAUGGAAGUAAAUUACCGAAAUUAGUUGAAAGGCUGCAAGGUAUCCAUGUUGUUAGGGUUUUCUGUGGUAACCAAUUCAGUCUUGCACUUACAACAUCUGGAGAACUGUAUUCAUGGGGAAAAGGAGACAAUUUUAGACUUGGACAUGCAUCAGAUGAACAUGUCCGAUUUCCAAAAUUGAUUUCUGCUUUUAAAGGUAAAGUUAUUAAAGAAGUAGCCGUUGGAAUGGUACACGUAUUAGCCUUGACAGAUAAUGGGGAAGUUUAUGCAUGGGGUAAAAAAGAAUAUGCUCAGAUGGGGGAUGUUAGUAUUAGCGAUGAACCAACUUUCAUUCCAGCACUUUCUUCAGGAUACGUCAUAGGAAUUGCUGCAGGUCCUACACAGAGCUUUGCUUGGGGUACAAGUGAGAGUUGGAGAGUGGGAUUAAGGGUUCCAUUUGUAGUUGAUGUUUGUCUUGAAACAAUUGAACGGUUAGAUCAAAUUCUACAACAAUCUUCUGAGGGCGCUCUAGGCAAUUCUGAUUGGCCUCCCCCUCAGCAAAAAGAGUGCAUGAUUGUUGCUACUCUUAAUCUUUUACGAUUACAGCUCCACUCAAUGACAAUUCAUAAUGUUGAUGUGAAGUCAGUUGGCCUUGAAACAGGUUCUAGUCUUCUAAUGAAUCUCAAGAAAGUAGUUGUAGAGCUAGCCAGCAAUAGUGGUGUACUUGAAACAAUCCAAGCUGCGGCACAGGCUACCUUACAAGCUGGCUGGAGUAUUCUGCUUCCGACUGUAGAUGAAAGAGCCAAAACCUUAUCAUCGCUUUUACCUGCUGCUGAUUGGCAUGAUACUAAUGUUAGCCAAGGCCAACAUUUUAUGACAGAUUUAUUAGUAUCAAGUUUAAUGGCUGAUGGUGGCUUGGAAAUUUCUUUAGAUGCUGCUAUUAGAGCUGAACACACAGAAUUCACCGAAGGAAUCACAUCUUUGGAAACUAAUUCUAAGGAGAAAUACUUAACUACUGUUCCUCUUUUUUACCUAGUUAAGCAGCUUUUGAGAAACUGUUUAUGGCAAGUAGAAACAAAAUUAUCGAAAAUGGGUUGUGAAACUUGGUAUAACCAUCAAACUUCACCAAGUCUCAAUCUUCUCCUGAAAUUUCAAAGACUUCUUAUAGCCCAAAUAUAUCCUCAUAGCUCUCAGGAUAAACCAUUUUCAGAACAUUCACGUAUUGGCGCUGAAGCUUUAUUAAAAAAAUACGUUGAACAGUUGAGUAAGCAAGUAACUUGUACCAUGAAUCUUGCAACUGAAACAGCUGCUCAAGGAAAUAAAUAUUUUUAUUUAGUAUCAUCAAUUAUUCGUGGAAGUUGCAUUGAGGUUCUUGUACCUGAGCUUAUAUUUUCCCUUGUGAUGCUCCAUGAAGAGGUUCCUUUACUGAUGCAUUCCGAGGAUUGGCUGCAUUUGCUUUUACCUCUUCUAGAUUCAUUAGAAAGUUUUAAUAGGUAUAUACCGGGUUUGGAAAGUGAAGAUGAAGACGAUAUAGCCUGGUCAGGAAUGCCUGCAAAAUCAAAGUCAGGAGAAGAAUUACCAUUUAUUCGAAAAGCUGAUCUUGAAAAUCACAAUAGAGAUGGUGGGUUGUGGAUUCUAAUUAAUAAUAAAGUCUACGAUAUUCAAGAUUUAAGGUGUGAUGAAACUUGCAAUGAAUUAGUACAAAAGCUGAUUGCUGAUGGCAGUACUGGGUUUAAACAAACAAAUAUUUCUCAACUACCAUUAGACCUUUUGCAAGCAUAUUGUGUUGGGGUUUAUGAAGAUCCUGACGACGAUAUCUUAACUUCUCAUGGCGGAAGCAUCACCUCUGCAUUACUUGAUGCAGAAAGAGCUUUGGGCUAUCUUUUAGGUCUACACGCCCAUUACCUGAAUGUUAGUACUGAAGUAUCAGAAGAAGAGCUUGCACCUUGGACAAAUUCAACGUUUUUAAGGGGUGGUCUGCAUGUUGCUAUGCCGCCUAAUCCAUAUGAAGAAAAGGGUGAAGCUAGAAGUACUGGUUCUACUCCUACUGAACCAACUUCCCCUCUCUCACAUUCAUUACAUUUAGAUAAUGAUUUGGGAAUAUCGGAACAAGCAAUGGCAUCAUUGAUGAAUUCUUUGGACCGACAUUAUAAACAGCAUAACCUUCUGGUGCAUGGUGAUUUCAGCAAUGACCAUCCUGUUGAAGAAGUCACAAAGCUGUUACUAGCUGUUCUAAUAAAACACCUUGCCCUGAAUCCUUUGCUGUUUACUACUUCUGAAAAAGGACAAGUAAAUUCUUCUUGUUUUAAUGCAUUGGCCAAAGCGAUUCAUCAAACUAAAUGGAAAUUGGUAAAAAUGAGGCAAGAGCAAAAUAGAUCAUAUAAGGAGGUUUGUGCUCCAAUAAUGGAAAAGUGCAGAUUCCUGCUAUUUGAAGUCAGACCUGCUACUAGCCAUGAAAUUAAUGCUCUUAAGAAUUUGCAGUUAUUAUUUAUUGACUCUCCGUGGAAAAGGAGGGUUAAGAAGUACAUAUCCGACCUAAAGCAUAGCCAGUCUUCUACAGCAUCUAAAUUUUUAAAGUCAGCUGAAACAAAAUCAAAGAAAGUUAUUUCUAAUAUUCCUGAAAAAAAUUCUAAAGAGCACAAGUACAGAGACUCUUAUUCUACAGAUGAUGGAAAUAUUCCUGUUCGAGGGCCUGUAGAUCUUGAUUUAAUGAAUUCUAUUGUUGACUUUGUUACUCAGGAAGAUGGUACUGACAUAGAAACACUGAGGAAAGCAAUGUAUGCUCAGGUUGAAAGAGCUCAGCUUAGAAAAAAGGGACUAGAUAUGAUUUUAGUUUUGUUAACAAAAAAUUUCCUAAUACCUUCUGUUAAGUAUAAUAUUUUGAAUGGUUGGUUGGGUCCAAAUUAUGCUGCAAAUGUGCCAAGAGAAAUGCCCAAGCAUGCUAUGGAUGACAUUCAGUUGGUGACUCCUAACCAGAAAUUGGAAGUUCUUUUAGCAAAAAGUCAUGUAAUUGAAUGGUCUGCGAACUAUUUACGAGAAUUAGUCCAGCCUGGAUGGCCUUGGUCCAAAGCCUAUUUAAAAAAUAAUGUAAUUCCUACAAGAAAACUUUCUUGGACAAGGUUCGUGCUUGUUAUAUUAGGCAUGAUUACUGAAAAGUUUGAUGGUAAUGAACUGAGCCUCUUAAUAAAUUCAGGAAUUUUAUCUCUUAUAGAAACUAUUUUAAAGGAUUUAGACAUUAAUAAUACUCCUCCAGAAAAAGAGAAAACUGUUGAUGAUGUUAAUGUUAUAUAUGAAGAAAACACUAAAGAUUUUAGUCAAAAAAUUGAUUUGAAUGCAAUUGCAGGAUCAAAUAUAAUUUCGCUACUUACAAUUGGAACAAGGGUUGUCAGAGGACCAGACUGGAAAUGGGGUGAUCAGGAUGGCCCACCUCCUGGGGAAGGAAGAAUAAUUGGUGAACUUGGUGAAGAUGGAUGGAUACGUGUUCAAUGGGAUAAUGGUUCUGCUAAUUCCUACAGGAUGGGUAAAGAAGGAAAAUAUGAUCUUAGGUUAGCAGAUCCUCCUUUGGCCGAAGAGAAUGAUCCUGAAAUUGACAUUGAAAUAGACACGCAGAAAAGUUCACAUUUUGAAGAUAAUGAUCCUAAUGAAGUUCUUGGACAUUCUGCUGUUUUACUUCUGUGGUCAUUAUCGAUAAGUUGUGGCUUGAAUGCACAUAAAAUGCAAAACUCGAGUCUAAAAAUUUUUACAAGCCUUUUAAAAGUUAUGUUGAAGAAUGCAACUAAUGAGGAAUUGCAGAAUGCGAUGCCAAGUAAAUGCUGGAUCAAUUUAGGAUUAUUGAGAGCAAUAAGUGUAAAUUCGUCAAUUUGUAAAUCACUUUCAUCUCAUUCUUGGUUAGAUCAGCUUUUUUCACUUAUAAAUACUAUUUCAAAAAAGGAAUUAAAAACACAGGUUUUGACUUAUCGUUUACUCCGGGUGAUCUUACCUUCUGGUAUUAGUGAAAUUGAGGAGAAAUAUUCUGUUUUGGAAAGACUCCUGCAUUUGUUGGGUGAAAUUUCCAUUAGUUGUAAAGCUGACAUUCAUAUUUACAAUGGAGAAAUAAAAAUACCUGUGUUAAUUUCUCCAUCGCAUACUAGCACAUUGAUUGAAGAAAGUGUUGACCUCGUGAGAACUCUGCACUCUAUGAAUGAAUGGAAUUCAGUUUGUAAUCAAAUGCUAACUACUAAGCUAGCUCUUGCUGGUGAUCUUCUUUCUCACCCAUUGCUUAACUUACAGAAUGAAAUUGAUCCAGAAACUGUUAGUAUGCAAUGCAGUGCAAUGGCUUCAUUAUUAGUACUUGGUGGAAUUGAUAGUCGACCACAUCUUGGUGCAUCUGUUACUAUUUCUAGUCCUCCAUCCAAUGGUAUCAUUUGUCGAAUAAGCAAAAGAGGAAAAUUGAUGGUGCAAAUGAAUGAUGGAAGUGGUUUAAAAAUAGUAAAUCUUCAUGCUCUGAAGCCUGUACCUUCCCUGCAGUUUAGCUUGGAUCAAAUGCCACUGACUGAUUCAUUAUUGGAAACAUGGGCUACAUUGUUGUCACUUACUACUUAUUCCCAUUCGUUUAAGACUGUUCCAGCUGGAUGCAUUAAUAUGCCACUUCUUCACAACCAACAGCAAGUAUUGGCAGCAGUAAAAGCUGGUAGAUUACUUCUUAGUUAUCAGAGUCGUCUACGAAGAGUGUUAAAACAGCCUUAUUCAUCUUUAGAGACUUUGAAUGAAUGUGAUGAUACAGACUCAGAUCCACACUCUCUCCUCAUUCAUCAGUUAAUUCUGAAUGCUGUUCAGCCUUCACCUUUGAAGUCUGAAUAUAGCAGGACUGAAUUGGAGGAAGCAGCCAUUUGUGUUAGUCAGUACUUAGCUACUCAAGCCUUUGUGAUGCAUGAAUCCGAAAGUAAAGUAUGCAAAAUACCUACCGCUCCAGUUGUUACGCAAACUUCUGCUAUUUAUUCUUCUACAGUCUCUUCUCCCCUUUACACUCAGCUGGUAGAAAUGGGAUUUUCCAAAAAAACUAUAGAAUCUGCAAUUAAAUUUUUAGGAACUGCAAGUGAAUCAGGGAUAAAUAUCGAUCGUGUCAUUGCUUGGCUUCUUGAACAUCCUGAUGAAGCUGUUUCUAGGUCUGCAUCUAUUUCUUCGUUUGAUGCUCUUUCUGACCGUGAUUCUUUAUCUGAGGAAUGUAUAUCAGCUGCUGAUGAGCUACAAAAUGUGGUCACACAGUACAACAAAAGAAGUGAUUUUUUGAGCAAUGAUGAAUAUGCAAUGUACGUGAGGGAUAAUGUUGCUCCAGGAAUGUUUGUCAGAUGUUGUAAAUCCUAUGAAGACGUUGUCGAAAAUGAUGUAGGGCGUGUAGUUAAAGUUGAUCAUGAAGGUCUCCAUGACUUGAACUUACAGGUUGACUGGCAAGGCAAAGGAGGCCUUUAUUGGGUGCGAUUUAUUUAUGUAGAAUUGCUUGGGUUUUCUUCUAAUGUUGUUCCACCACCACCUAUUAAAAUAGGAGAUAAAGUUAGAGUUCGUCCAUCUGUAACUGUACCCAAAUUUAAAUGGGGAUAUAUUGAUCAUAACAGCAUUGGUGUUGUGACAGGAAUCAGUUACAGUGGUCGGAGGGUGACUGUUAAUUUUCCUGAACAGAGUAAUUGGACUGGACUUAUCUCAGAGAUGGAAGUUGUUCCAUCUUGCCAUGUUGACGUCUCUUGUAGUGGUUGUAACUUGAGUCCAAUCACAGGUCCUAGAUUCAAGUGCAAAGCGUGUGAAAAUUUUAAUUACUGUGAAAACUGCUUUUAUACCCAAAAAGGACACAGACAUUGUUUCAACAGAAUUACUGAACCAGGAAGUGCAGCUGUUUUUGCUGGACGACCUGGUCGUUACAUUCGUCAAGAAUUUCUGCCUAGUGAUCCUGAUAUUAUUGAAGACUGGGUUCAAUGUAUACAUUCCUUUUCUGUAUCUAGCAAGGAAUCCUCAGCAUUGAAUCUCUUUGAUCCACAUGGUGACAAUUUUUGGCAAAGUUCUGGUCCUCAGGGAAAGCACUGGGUUCGUUUAGAUAUGCAACCAGAUAUAUUAAUACAUUCCCUCAGGAUGAGGGUAGAUCCUGCAGAUAGCAGUUACAUGCCUUCUUUAGUAGUUGUUAGUGGUGGUCCAAAUUAUGUAUCACUUCAAGAACUUUCAACUAUCUACAUAAAAAAUAGUGACACUGUUGUUACUUUGCUGAGUGAUAUGAAGGAGUUCUAUCCAUGUUUGGAAAUAGCCAUAAAAUUAUGUUGGAAUGGUGGUAUUGAUUGUAAAAUACACAAUCUAUUUAUUAGUGGGAGAAGAAAACCAAUGUUCAGUGAGUUGCCAUCUGCAGUAUCAUUCCUUGCAAGUGACUGUAGUGAAAUUCGUGAACUUAACAGGAUAUAUCCCUCCAGUAUUAAUUGUGCUUUUAAAGUAUUUGUUUGGGGUCUCAAUGACAAAGAUCAACUUGGAGGAUUAAAAGGUUCAAAAAUAAAAUACCCCGUUUUUUCAGAAACGUUGUCUGCUUUAAAACCAAUAUACAUUGCUGGAGGCUCAAAAUCAUUAUUCAUUGUGACUUAUGAAGGAAAGGUGUUUGCAUGUGGUGAAAGCACAAAUGGACGAUUGGGGCUUGGACACACGAAUAAUGUUUCUAUGCCACGACAGCUUACUACUCUUAGUCAAUAUGUUGUGAAGAAAGUUGCUGUUCAUUCAGGAGGAAAGCAUGCAUUAGCACUUACUAUCGACGGCAAGGUGUUCUCAUGGGGUGAAGGCAGUGAUGGUAACUUGGGACAUGGUAACACCCAAAGUCUUGAAAAGCCACGGAUGAUUGAAACAUUGAAGUCAAAAAGAAUUAGAGAUAUUGCAUGUGGAAGUUCUCAUUCUGCUGCAAUAACUUCAAAUGGCGAACUUUAUUCUUGGGGACUUGGUGAAUAUGGCAGACUUGGUCAUGGUGAUUUUCAAACUCAACUAAAACCAAAAUUGGUCAAAGCACUUGCAGGUCACCAUAUUAUUAAAGUAGCAUGCGGUAGCCGUGAUGCUCAAACUUUAGCUCUUUCCAGUGAGGGGUUAGUUUUCUCAUGGGGUGAUGGCGAUUUUGGAAAAUUAGGAAGAGGAGGAAGUGAAGGUUGUGAUCUUCCGCAAAAUGUUGAACGUUUGAAUGGGCUUGGUGUAAUCCAUAUUGAAUGUGGUGCUCAAUUUUCACUUGCACUUACAAAAAGUGGACAGGUUUGGACAUGGGGAAAAGGUGAUUAUUAUCGUUUAGGUAUUGGAUCAGAUCAGCAUGUAAGAAAACCAACUCUGGUAGAAGGACUUAAGGGUGAAAAAGUAAUUGAUGUUGCAGUUGGCGCUCUACACUGUUUAGCUGUAACUGAAUCAGGCACUGUUUAUAGCUGGGGUGAUAAUGAUCAUGGCCAACAAGGGAAUGGAACAACUUUAGUGAACAGAAAACCAAGUUUAGUUCAUGGAUUUGGUGAGGUGAAAGUCAAUAGGGUAGCGUGUGGUUCUUCACAUUCUGUAGCUUGGGUUGCCCCAGAUCCAAAACCACCUGUGUCUCAUGAGCCAGUUCUGUUUGCUAAAGCCAAAGAUCCUCUUGGAACCAGUCUCCUUGGAUUUGGUGAUCAAGAGACUUCAAAAGAAGGAACAAAUUGUGGAAAUGCAGGAUAUCAACGAGACUCUUUAGCCCAUAAUAUUUUAUCCCUGGAUUCUAAUGUUGCCAAACAAAAUGCACUUCAGCAUAUAUUAAAUGGUUUGAGAAUUCUCUAUGCUAGAGAUACUGUUGUGGCAGCUCUGCAAAACCACACCAAAGCCCAAGAGCCAAUUCUUGCUGAUGAUGGACUUGAGGAUAGUACGAUAUCUUUUUUACAUGGGCAUAAUAAUUUAGAAAUCGCUCAGGGUGGUGGCGAGGCUCCCGCUUCGGAAGCUGAAGCUGCUGCAUCUUUGAUUAAUAAGUGGUCACCUGAAAGUGCGGAAAGUCCAUUACAAGCUUUCCCAUCUUUAACAACAAGUUCUACAAGUGUUUCGUCACGCACUUCCCGAAUGUCUGCUAGUGCCAUGAGCAUAAUUGCGGCUACCAUCAAAUGUAAUCCACAAUUGACACCCAAUAUGAUGCUUGGGAUAUCAGAUACAAAUGGGACCGAAAAUAGUACGUCUGAUGACUUCACUGCUCUACUUGGUCUAAAUGAAGCACGCAUGCUUGUGGAUUUGUUAAAACUUGCUAUUGUAAAUAGAGCAGGAGACAAUGCAAAAGAAACAUUGACAUCUGUUUUGAUAGGAAUUGCAAAAAAUCAAAACUCAGCUGCGAGUAUGCUGCUUGAACUGUGUGUGACAGAACUGGAAGAUGUAGCUUUAAACAACAAUAAUUUAAUUUCUGUGCCAAUGCCCGUAGUUCAAGAAAGUAGCCAUCCUUACAUAGAUGAUGUCUGUCUUUGUGGAACAGUCAAAAUACCAGGUGCUGAAGAACUUUUAGUAGAAUUUGAUCGACAAUGUUCCACUGAGAGGAGACAUGAUCCUUUAGUAAUCAUGGAUCCAUCUGGGAAAACUUUAGCUGUUAAGUCAGGAAGAGAAUGGUCUGAUUGGUGCUGUCCAGUCAUUGUUCAAGGUGAUGAGUUGAGAUGGAAGUUUUCUAGUGACAGCUCUGUGAAUGGCUGGGGCUGGAGAUUUACUGUUUAUCCUGUGGUGCUUCUGCAGAAUCAAUUAGGAUGUGAUAGAAAUGUGUUGAGUAAACCUUCUGUUGAAGUGGUAAUGUGCCUUUUAGAACCAUGUCUUUCUUUUACUGCUCAACACAAUCUCAUUACAAGAUUAGCAGCUGCUCUGGCUUCUUGUGCCCAACUUAGCUCUUUAGGUGCUGAAGAAAGAAUGUGGUGUCUCGAGAGGUUACAUGAUGUAAUCAGUUCUCCCCUUGGAAAAUUACUUGAUAUAACAUCAAUGCUUCAGUCUGACACCAUGGACACAUCUCUUUCUUGCCUUCUUAAAACUAUGCCCAUAGCUCUAAUAAAGCAGUAUGAGUAUGAAGAUCCAGCUGUGAAAAGUGGAAAACAACUUAUGUACAGCCCAUUUUUCAAGUCACUUGUUGCUCUUGCUGCUGAUUUAGGACUGGAUACUUUACCAUGUACAUCUGAUAUUCACAAAUGGGUUUGGUUUAAGCGAUAUUGUAUGGGCAUCAGAGUUGCUUCUGCCUUAAUCAGAAGGAAUGUUCUGCCACAGCAGUUUUGUCAAGAGGUUCAGAACAAAAUUUUGGAACUCACUCCUCGAAAUGAAGAACUAAAUUUGGAACAUGAAAAUCAUGAAAUAUUCAAGCAAGAAAAUGAUGAACAGUUAUUACUGUGGCUUAAUAGAAGAAGUGAUGAUUGGAGGCUCUCUUGGGGAGGUUGUGGUGCAAUAUAUGGUUGGGGUCAUAACCACCGUGGUCAGCUGGGUGGAGUGGAGGGUGCCAAAGUUCGCCUCCCUACGAUAUCAGAAUCACUUUCAGCACUUCAUCCAGUUCAGCUUGUUGGUGGCGAACAAACACUGAUGGCUGUUACCCCUGAUGGGAAAGUUUAUGCAACUGGUUACGGAGCAGGAGGUAGAUUAGGUAUUGGAGGAACUGACACCGUUCUUACACCAACUCUAAUAGAUACGCUGCAAACAGUUUUCAUAAAAAAAGUGGCAGUUAAUUCUGGAGGAAAGCAUUGCUUGGCACUGUCAGCUGAUGGAGAAGUUUAUUCAUGGGGUGAAGGUGAAGAUGGGCAGCUUGGCCAUGGAAAUAAAAGUAUGUGUGACAGGCCCUGUGUCAUAGAAGUUUUGCAUGGUAAAAAUGUUGUUGAUAUAGCUUGUGGAGGUGCCCAUUCUGCAGCCAUUACUGCAAAUGGGGAACUGUAUACCUGGGGAAAAGGAAGAUAUGGUAGACUGGGCCAUGGUGAUUCAGAAAACCAAUUGAAACCAAAAUUGGUUGAAGCAAUUCUUGGAUAUCACGUAUUUGAUGUUGCUUGUGGAAGUGGUGAUGCUCAAACUCUUUGCAUUACAGAAGAUGAUAGUGUUUGGUCUUGGGGUGAUGGAGAUUAUGGAAAACUUGGACGAGGAGGAUCAGAUGGUUGCAAGGUUCCAUUAAAGAUUGAGUCACUUGCAGGCUUGGGUGUUAUUAAAGUUGAAUGUGGUUCCCAGUUUUCAGUUGCACUUACACGGUCAGGAAGUGUAUAUACAUGGGGAAAAGGAGAUUAUCAUAGGUUGGGUCAUGGUACUGAUGAUCAUGUGAGGCGACCAAAGAAAGUGGCUGCUCUUCAAGGGAAAAAAAUUAUAUGCAUAGCUACAGGAUCCUUGCAUUGUGUCGCCUGCAGUGAUCAAGGAGAAGUUUUUACGUGGGGUGACAAUGAUGAAGGACAACUAGGCGAUGGCACUAUUAAUGCCAUUCAGAAACCACGCCUUCUAGUCGCAUUACAGGGUAAAAAAAUAACUCGAGUUGCAUGUGGUUCUGCUCACACCCUCGCGUGGAGUACAGAUAAACCACUGUCUAGUAGCAGAGUCCCCUCUAAGGUUCCAAUGGAGUAUGAUCUGCUAAAAGACUUCUCGCCCAACCUUCUCAGGAACAGAUUAGUACUCUUACACCAUGCUUCUGAUCUUCUCUGCCCUAUUGUUUCAAUGCUGCCUUUAAAUGGAGAAAUAAGUCUCAAUUCUUUACGCUCAAUAUUAGUAUACUCUACGAAAGAAGCUACGUUUAGAAAGGUGGUUCAGAGUACAAUGGUUAGAGACCGGCCACACGGUCCUGUUGUUGAAUUAAAUAGAAUACAAGUCAAAAGAGCUAGGGCAAAAGGUGGUUUAGCAGGCCCUGAUGGUAUGAAAUCUGUUUUUGGACAAAUGGUUUCUAAAAGAUCAUCUCUUACUCAAGAAUCCUUAUUUUUACCUCAUCGGAUUUGGAAGGUUAAAUUUGUUGGUGAAAGUGUUGAUGACUGUGGUGGUGGUUAUAGUGAAAGCAUAGCUGAAAUGUGUGAUGAGCUUCAAAAUGGAUCACUUCCCCUUUUAAUACCUACUCCGAAUGGAAGGGAUGAAACAGGAACAAAUCGAGAUUGCUUUCUUCUUAAUCCACAUGUUAAAUCAGCGUUACAUAUGAAUAUGUUUAAUUUUCUUGGUGUGCUGAUGGGGAUUGCAAUACGGACUGGUAGUCCUCUUAGUUUGAAUCUUGCAGAACCUGUCUGGAAGCAAUUGGCUGGGAUGCCGCUUACUCUCGCUGACCUUACAGAAAUUGAUAGGGAUUAUAUUCCAGGAUUACUCUGUAUAAGAGAUAUGGGUAGUGAUGAUAAAGAAUUGAAUACCCUGGAUAUGCCUUUCUCGAUUCCAUCAUCUGCAGGAGUCGAUGUUCCUUUGUCUUCUUGUUACAGGAAAAUAACCCAAGCUAACAAGCAUGAAUACAUACGCUUAGCUCUUAAUUAUAGAUUACAUGAAUUUGAUGAGCAAGUGCAAUCUGUGAGAGAAGGUAUGGCGAAAGUCAUUCCAGUCCCGCUUCUGUCCUUGUUUAGUGGAUAUGAGCUAGAAACUAUGGUUUGUGGUUCACCGGAUAUUCCAUUAAAUCUACUCAAGUCUGUUGCUACCUAUAAAGGAGUUGAUGAAUCGUCUUCUUUAGUUCAGUGGUUUUGGGAAGUAAUGGAAGAGUUUUCUAACCAAGAAAGAUCUCUGUUUCUCAGAUUUGUUUGGGGAAGAACCAGACUCCCAAGGACUAUUGCCGACUUUAGGGGUCGAGAUUUUGUUUUACAGAUUUUGGAUAAGUAUUCUCCUCCUGAUCAUUUCUUACCUGAAAGCUAUACUUGCUUCUUUCUGCUUAAAAUGCCUCGUUAUUCCUGCAAGGUGGUAUUAAGAGAGAAACUCAAGUAUGCUAUACAUUUCUGCAAAAGCAUAGAUACUGAUGAAUAUGCUCGAGUUGCAAUGCCUGGUAGCACACACACUUCAACUAACAGUGACAGUGAUGGUUUAGAGUCGUUUGCUAGUGAAGACAUUGCAUCAAUUACCUAGUCAAUCGUAUUUUUACCAAAUGAUAUUAUUUAUUUAUAUAUUAGAUAUAGUGAAAGAAUGUAUAUCAUGUCUUAAACCUCUAGGGAUGAGAAAAGCUUUUAGUAAAUUUUCAUUAAAUAUUUGUAAUCAAUAAAGAGAUAUUUUGUAAUAUGUUUUGUUAUUAUCAAAAUUAUUAUUAUCAUUUUUAUAAAAAAAAAGUUAUUUAUUAACAGCCUGGUAAGAUUUCGGAGCAAUAAAUUUAAUGGUAUUGCUAUUAAAUUGUGAAGGUAGGUGGCAGUUUCCCCUAAGGGGAAUUGCAUUAAAGUAAUUGAAUGAAAGUAUGUGAUAAAGCCUUUUCAAACGUAACCUAGCUCACUUGAGUUGCCAAGCAGUUUACCAAGUAACUGGUUCUCCCUACUUAGGAUCCAAUCACUAGUGUCAACUACUUCAUCAGUACGGUAAGUACACAUUUUUUUUCUUCUUUCUCUUCAAUUCUACUUUUAAUUAUUUCUCUAUUUGCUUUGGUUGAAUAGUUAUGAAGAAAUCAGUGAUACUGAUUUUAAUUUUUGUAAUCCUUGGCUCACAUGGACAAGAACUACAGUUUUCUGAAUUGGUUGAAGAAAAAAAGUGUCAGAGACUUUGCAAAUUAAUGCAAUUGGAGCAUCAAUGUAAUCAAUGUAACACACGCAUGCCGAUAAGAUUUGGGAAGCGUUCCAGAGGAAUUGAAGUAAAACUACCCUCAUUUCCACACCAGUUUCUUCAAAACGAAUUUCUUAUUCAAAUGUUAUUAAGGAAGAAUAAUUUUAUCAGAAAGUGACAUGUUGAUCUAACUUCAAAUUACUUAUUUAAUUUUUAGUUUUUAAUUAAAUGUGUAAAUAUAAUUCUGCCAAAAAACUAAUCUGAACAAAUUUUAGUUUGC